GCAGGAGCACCGUUCGCGAGCCGCGCCGGCGCCACUGCCGCCGAGGAGCCGGAGGCCUCGGGCUUUGGCGCUGCCGUCGCCGCCGCGUUCGUCGGCGCACACGCUGGGCUUGCGGCGGCCAUCUACGGCCGCACCGCCAGGACACGAGGGCGGAGGGCAAGUACACGGAGUCCGCCGUCGACGCCAAGCUCUUCGAGCAGGUGUACCUGGACUAUACCACCGAGUACCUCAAGGGCCCCAUGUACGCCCACCGGGAGAAGGCGCAGGGCGCACGUCCAGACUACCCCGGCAACCCGCUCUACAAGAACGGCAAGAUGACGAGCAACGUCACCGGCAACCUGAAGACGUUCAGCUCCAACGAGCUCAUGUACCUCUCCAUGCUGUUCUUCGGCAUCGGUCUGUAUGGCAACCUCCAGUUCCUGUAUUUUGACCCGCAGUUCCCGAGGGUGGACUCAGGCCUCAACUUCAACGUCUCCUACAUCGUGGAGAGUCACUUUUCUUGCCGAUGUCCUUCUUCUUCCACAUCGCGUGCUACAUUCAGAGGAAGAACGGCAAGUGAGCCGCGCUCGGUGCUCCUCACCUGUCUCCUCAUGCCUCUCUCCAUUCAUCCUUAACCUCUCCUGCCUGGGGCCGCCUGGCGGCGCCCGCGUCCUCCCUCGGCGCUGCCGGUGCCAGCAGCCACCCCUCGGCGCUGGUCCGACGGGUGCUCGCUCGUGGACUUCUGUCACGUGCAGUCUGGGGCUGCGCGCCGCGCCCGCGUGCAU